GUGAGGCUCGGUGUGACUCACGCCUCCAUGGCUUUCGCUGAACUGGAGCUGCAACUGGUGGAACUGCUAGAAGUGUGGAUGGGCUGGCCAACGCCCCCCACGCACCAGCCGCCUGUGUACUUGACUGACCCAAACUUCGUUCCAAUUCCGCCACCACCGGUGCCACCUGCAGCUGCCCUCCCAGCCCGCCCUCUUGAGCUUUUGCACUUGGCGUUCCUCGCACUCCUCUACCGUGCAGUGUUCGUUUUGCUCGGCUCGGAGAGCCUCGCCUUUCAGUUAACCGACACAGUUGGCACUACCAAGUCGAAAGAAAGGGGCGUUCGCAGUUCUCACCUGGGAGCCACUGAGCAGUGCGGGCCCCAGAAUGAGGAUUCGGAUUCUGGGCAUAACUUCCUGUUCCAGGACCGCGGCGAGUCCAUGAACAUGGUGCUCCGAGAUUUGCUCCUCUCCUUGGCCUACCUGGUCAUUUGUGACCCUGUGAACAUGAAGGCCUGA